UCGGAAAAAAUAUAUACGUAAGACCGACAUUGACGCCGGGGGGGCAAAAAAUGUCGAAGUGAAUCUGCAGAUUGUUCAGAGGCUCCUUUAAACAGCGCGAGACUUCAGCGAUUAAAACUAUGCUUCAGCUUGGGAACCUGUUUACCCAGUUUCAUCUCAGCUCCAGAGCUCCAGAAAAUGCCCAAAGCCAGAGCUCAAAGCAGACACCAGCACUGCCUGACUUUUUACAACACGUCAGGAAUCUCACCGGGCUCAGAAAGGAAGACGUUUACUGCAACCUGCGUGUCCCUGACCAGUUUCAGACAACCAAAGGCGACAUCAACUUUGUCAUUCUCACAGGCCAAGGGAUCUUCUGCAUAGAUGUCAAACCCUGGAGAGGUGCCGUGUCCGCUCACAACCAAAACUGGCAUGUGCAGGUGAAAGAAGAGGACCAAAACUUUACCAAUACCUGCAUCGAGCAGAUUGAAGAUCCCCUCAGAGCGAUCAUGACCAAGACGGCGAACUUGUGCAGCCAUCUGAACAGGAGCGGAGUGUCUGUGCGCCAGAGUCUCUUCUUCCCCAGGGUCAUGUUCCUCUCUCCGGACUGUGAGCUGGACGAAGGGCUGAGGAAGAAGAGGGAGCUGGUCUCCCACAGCCAGAUAGAUGAUUUCCUCCGAUCUUUCAAGGAGGGCUACGUGGCCUGGAUAUCAGACGCCCUGACUCCAUCCUGGAUCUCCGGUCAUCUGUCGUACAGGCAGAUGGAGUCAGUGCGGGAGGUCCUGCGGCGGGUGGGAACCUGGGAUUUGGUUCGGCUGCACUGUGGCGAGCAGCUGAAAGGAGACUACCAGGGCUGCCAGUACAUCGCUUUGAACCGCCAGGACACGGACACGCUUGAGUUUUCCCGAGUCAAGACCCUGUCUGCUGAUUCACUGUGGGCCCUGCUGGGACACGCUCCUCAGGUAACAGUCAGAAUGUACAAGCGUGGCUGCCACAGCUGGCUGGGUAAAUCCCUCAACGCCACCACCACCAUCCCCUCCAACACCUUUGUGAUCUUCAGGAUCAGCGGUGAGGAGGCAGAUGCCAAAAUCCCAGCCAACACCAUCCACAGCAUCACGCUCAGCAUCUGACGGCGUGUACGAGACGCUGCAGCCCGGCACUGAUGGAGAGGAGGCAAAACAAACCAACUCAUAUCUUAGCUCCUGUGUUUACUGAGUGGUUUAUACGAUGCAGUAAUAUUGUCUUAACAAAACAAAUUCCAAAAGCCUUUAUGUAAAAAAAAAAAAAUAGAAAGAAAGCAAAGACCCAUUAGCCAAUUAUCCUGAUUCUCUGAUCAUCAGUGACAAUAUUAUGUUAAUGAAAAUGAUUUCAGACAAUUAGCCUGAUUAACUUUCUCUUGUUUAGAGUUUCUAGGGCUGGCCCACACUUUACACCAGCCAUUAAUUAAUCAUCAGCUGAUUGUGUCACGUCAGUUCAGGACUGAAGUGUUUAAUGUGUUAAUUGUGGCGGUUAAAACCCGGUGGCCUGUGGCGCGGCGGGGGCCGAGUGUUUCGCUGCCGCCGCGGCUUUAAUGGGAAGUUAUUUACGGUCUGUUUAGACGGUGUAACCGUAAGGUGCUUUAUUAAUAUGCUCCACCGCGCACAGGAGACGAUAACAUAUUCAAGAGCGCGCAGACGCAGCCACCAGCUCCAUUCAUAACUGUGUCUGAGUCACUUUCCAUCAGUUACCAGGCUCGCACAGCUGCGCUAACAGCUAGCAAUCGUAUUUACUGGGCCUGGUAGUGGCCAAAAUGAAGUUAUUUCCAUCAAGAUAUCAGUGCCUUUAGCUAAUGCAAUAGAAGGAGCUCUCUGUCGAUGGUAUCGCUCUGCAUGGCAUCUCUACCUGAAACAUCAUUACACUGUACUCAAGCUCCUCACUUUUUUUAAAUGUCUGUUUGACCUGAGGGACAGAUGAUCCGCGCUCGUUUUAUAAACCGGUUGUUUUUGGAGUUCUCAGUCGUCAGUGCUUGAAUUUCUACGUGUUUUGAUGAAUGUGUUGUUUUUGCAUUUUUAACCUCCGCUGGUCCUCAGGAACUCUUCUCUACACGGCACUUGACAAACAAAAUCGACAGCAUCGGGUCGUCUGGUUCGGGAAUAAUCCCAUAAAUGGUGGGUUCAUGCAAGGUUUACUGUAAUUUUAUUAUUAUUCUUUGAUAUGCAUAAAAUUCGAAGCACUUUCAAGCAUCAAGCCAACUUAAGAAGCGUGAUUGUUACCUAUACUCCUCCGUUGUUAGUUUAGGUGCAUUUUUUAUGUUUGUACUAUCUGGUGUUAUAAUAAAAAAACAUUUAUUUAAUG